AUGGCUGAUGAAUUUAGUAGAGACCACAUGCGAGAGAAGUUUCGUGUGGAACAAAAAAGUGUCGGGGAGAAGGCUGGUCUACAUUUACCAUGGCAAUCCUCUGCUAGAUUACCCUGGCUAGCUAGGCCAGGCUUUUCCCAGAGGUUUCAGAACCACGUCUACCGGCCUGAUGUGACUGGUGCUUCGGCGGCUGCAUCUGCCACAGGGGUGGGUGGGGCAGGAGCCUCAGCCCCAUUUGCCAAAAAGUUCAAGAGGGAUUGGACCACGUCGGCACCCCAACAUCCGAGCCCUGCAAUUCCACCCUCCCCAAGGCAGAACAAGGAUAACAGCAACAUCAGUAGCAGCAGCAGUAGCAUCAAAUCUCCAGUGACUUCAUCGUCAUCAUCAUCAUCACAUACGUCGUCGUCGUCAACUGCCGCCCACGCUGCUACUACACAAGCUUCGAGCAGUAAUGUGGCUAAUAGUAGUAGUAUUAAAAGUAGUAGUAGCGGUAGUAUUGGUAGUGGCAGUAUAGGUAGCGGUAGUUUGACCUUUAGGAGGCGAACUUUUACCUUUGAAGAGUUUGCUGCCUUGAACUCUGGGGACAAGACACUGACAGAGGCUGAUUUGAGGCUGAAGUAUGAGCGUCACAAGUUUCAGAGGAAGUACCAUCCGAACGAGUACCAGAAAAGGUUGGAGGAGAAGUUGUCGACCGUGAAGAGGAGGAGGAAAGUGUUCGAGAGGCUGAUGGAGAUGGAGAUGGUGGAUCCCAUCGUCCUCGAGGUCAAUAGGGCCAAUAAUAUUGUCAAGGCCCUGGAUAGAAUGAUACUGUAUCUAAGGGUGGUGCACUCUUUCGAUUACUAUGUAUCGAGCGAGUAUACGAGUGAAGAUAUCAUGCCGCACGUCUGUGUGAACGAGUGGAUGAGUGGAUUGGAUAAGAAGUUGUCGACGUAUAUGAACGAAGGAAUGUACAUACCUGAUGACCUGUAUGCUAAAUUUUUUAGUAAUAAUGAUGAUGAUGACUGUGAUGAUUACGAUGAUAAUGGCUCUGACAAUGACGUUGUUCUUGACCUUGACCUUGAUCCGACACUGAGGUCAGCAAGUUCAUCAAAGCCAAUACCAUUGAACUGGCCAAGGAUAAAUGGCUCUGUCCUCUCAGUGGGAAGAAGGGCUGACUUUGUUAGCAAGCACAUUAGGACGAAGCAUACCGAUAAAUUGGACAUAAUUAAAACUGAGAUGAUGCCUAGGUAUCCUUCGUUCUCUGUGUCCCUGGCAAGCCAGGCCCCCUUUAGGCCCCCUCAUCCACCACCUCCACCCCCUCAUCACUAUCAUCCUUUUUAUAGAGCCCCAAUGACAGCCAAUUACAACUCUCGUUCACACGGCCAAGAUGAUACUUACAGACCAAGGGAUAGAUACGUUCCAAGGAGAGGAAGGGGCUAUUACAGAGCAGGUUCUAACAUGUAGUGGGUGAUGAAAUGAAGUCUAAUUGGUUGAACAGAAAGUUGAAUGAAAGAACGAAGGAAAAAAAACUGAAGAGGCGAAUGAAUGAAUUGGUGAAUGCAUGCUUGAAUGAAUGAAUGUAUGAAUGAACGGAUGAAUGAAUGACAAAAAACAUGUUUUGGUGUUCCGACUCAUGUAUCUAUACAAGUAUGUUUAAUGUAAUAUGCAAGCACGUACCGUACGUACAUUUUUUGACUCAUUCCUUUAUAAUUGAUAAUAAUAACGUUAAUAGAAAUUAAUUAAUUAGAUAAUUAAUUACUACUCUUAAUACUUCUAAUAAAUUGUAAUACUAAUGAAUGAAUGGAUGGAUGAAUGAAUAGGGGAAUGAAUGAUUGGAUGGAUUGAUUGCCGCGUCUAAUUAUAGAGAUUUAUUGUUUCGGCGAGAGUUAGGAUAUUCUAAUCAUUUGAACGUUUAUAAGGUCCAUAAUUUAAAAAA